GUGUCGGGCGCCGAGCACAGAGUGGAGCUGCCACGAAUAAUCGCUGUAUGGAUCGCGGCUGAUAGUUUACGAUCUUCGGCGCCCUUGUCGUGAUGUGCGCCCGCUCUGCGAAUUUUAAUUCGGCGGUCUUCCUCGCCGCAUGCAGUCUGUUGACGGUUGAUAGCAGCAGUGAUAUCGCUAAUGAUGGACCACUGCCAGUACUAAGAGACGAUCCGCGUUGCUCACCGUUGCUUAGUGUGGUUCUCAGCGGGGGAAACAUUAAUGAUAGUACUCUGCUGACGGCGUCGCAAACGUUUGAAAAAAACGGCAGCCUUCUCUACGACGGUAUUGUUUACCCGGCCGAUCUACAUUGGACCGACGGCAAUGUCACAUAUGGUUGCAUCUGCAAGUUGCGCGACUGUAUCAGGAAAUGCUGUCGCGGCGAUGAGGUCCUUCGUAAGGACCUCACAAAAACGGUAUGCCAGAAGAUAUUCCAUAAUGAUACCAUGCCGGCUAGAGAAAUAGAGGAUUUGCGUCUGUCAAGGAAACAAAUGGCCGAGGAGGUCCAACAUGUUGGCAAAUUGAAAGACCAUUUUCUGUUGCUGGAGAACUUUGUUUGUCCUGCCGGUAUUUACGCUCUUGACCCAGACGAGUUUCAAGAAGAGAAAUUCAUCCUUCAAGCGAACGGCAGCCUCGUAAAUGCCAAUGAAAUUAUCCCACUCUGGAAUUAUUGUAUCGAUUGGCAGAUGAAUUUCGAUCGAAUUGGUAUUUUGAUUUGCCUGACGCCACAAAUGCCGAACGAAGAAGAAAACAUGGCUCAUCAUGUAGGCAUCGCAGUAUCCAUUCCAUUUCUCGUCGCAACUUUUCUGGUGUACGCGAUUAUCCCUGAGUUGAAGAACCUUUACGGCAAAACACUCAUGUGCUACGUCAUCUGCUUAAUUAUUUCCUACGUUUUCCUGCUCUUGGUUAACUACAUUUACAUGUCUUCUAUACACGCAUCAUUAUGCAUCAUUACAGUGUUGUGCUAUCCAACGGCCUCGUUCCUUGUUUGUCUCGUGAUUUUGAUCGCGGCCGCUCUCGAAAGCGAUCAAACAGAGGAAGAGCCAGAGGAAUUAUUGGAGGGAAGUUUUAUCAUCCCUCAUGUUUAUUCGGAGAUGACGACCGAGCAUGAUGACAGCUCCGGAAAGCCCCGUGUGUCGCUAUGUUGUCGCGUUAAUACUUUCCUCACCAGAGACAACUGCGUGAAGGAAGCAACGAACGGGACGGAAGUGGUCCAAUUGCCGACGAUUUACGAGACCAACCUUGAACUGGCAAAUAUCACUACGAGCGACGAGUACUUUAAUUUUGUGGUAUGGAAUCCAUGCGCCGGCAGGAAUCGGUAUCCUUUGAAUCCGCACGUUUACAUGGACGAGAAAUGGUAUCUCAUGUCGAAUGGCUCUAUAUUACGACCUCUGGCUGAGGAGCUGGAGGAGCGUAUCCUCGACUACCAUCAAUACUGCUUAGCGCGGGUGAAAGGCUACGAGUAUCAGGAGUACUUGGUGUUUUUCUGCGAGGAGACGUACGCAAUUGAGGAUGACGAUGGCGGUGGAAUUGUAUACUCCUUCGGAAUGCUUGUGUCCGUGCCGUUUCUAGCCGCCACAUACAUCAUCUACUGGUUACUGCCUGACCUGAAAAACUUGCAUGGUCUAACGUUGCGCGGAUAUGUUGGUUGUCUGGCGAUGGCGUACAGUAUAGUGGGAAUGCUUCAACUGACGCCGCAGGAGCAAAUCCUAACCGAUAUCUGCAUCACACUCGCCUUCGUCAUCCACUUCUCAUUUUUGGCAAGCUUUUUCUGGCUAAAUGUGAUGUGUUUCGACAUUUGGUGGACAUUUGGAGGAUUCCGCUCAUUACAAGGAAGCGUGAGACAACGAGAAAAAAAGAAGUUUAUAAUGUAUUCGAUCUACGCAUGGGGAAGCGCCUCCAUCCUCACUAUUAUAUGUGCCAUCAUGGAUUUCGUUCCCAGCGUGCCAAAAAACUUCAUCCGACCAGAAUUCGGCGUCGUGAGAUGUUGGUUCAAUACGGAGACAGCGAAAGCGCUAUACUUUUACGGACCCAUGGGUAUCACUGUUUUCUGCAACAUUUGCUUAUUCAUCUCUACAGCAUUGAAGAUCGUGCGCCAUAAAAAAGACACAGCCCUUCAUCUGAGAAGUUCGGAGAGCCGGCGUCAUGAUGACAAUAAACAAUGGUUCAAUCUGUAUUUGAAGCUGUUUAUCGUGAUGGGCAUAAAUUGGUCUAUGGAAAUAGUGUCAUGGCUGUUCGAUAAGAGUGCGCCGAUGUACGUCUGGUAUCUCACCGAUUUGACAAAUACUCUGCAAGGUCUCAUUAUUUUCAUUAUUUUCGUGUGGAAGGAGAAGAUCAAACGACUGCUGCUAAAGCGAUUUGGUUGCCAGGAUCGCGGUAUAUUUUCUAGAAACUCGACACGCAGUGGCCAUAGCUUGUCAGCUUCACGCACCUGCACCACUACGUCAGGGGUGAUACCCCUGCAGGAAAAGAUCAGUUCUUACGCACAAGCCAACUGUGCAAAGAAUUCAUCUGAUGAAGCCGAUCCUUAAUGCUACAACGCGUCCUUUAUUAUAUAUCAAAAAUCAAUAAUUAACUUAGCAGUUACCUGUACCAUAACUUAAUUCUCCAACCGAAGAUUAAUUUUACAUUGUUAUGCAUUGAUCUCUUUAUUUAGAACACGGAAAUGGUUUAAUCACAAAUUUUCACAUAA